GUCAGUCAAAUCAAGUCAAAUUAAAAAAAUUGCAGCGAGGUCGCACACACUCGUUAUCUUGGAGUUUUUUCUUUCUUCCAUCGCAAAAGAUAAUAAAAUCUAAUUAUUAACAAUGAGUUCUGGGUUUAUAUCCGAGUCGGAGAUAUUAGAGGCUCGGCGUCGUCGACAGGAGGAAUGGGAGAAAGUGCGUACGGAGGAUCAGCCGAGGGAGGUUCCAGAAGAGCCCUACGACACUCGACCACUGUACCAACGUCUUGAAGAAAACCGCAUGAAGAAAGAUGCAGAAUAUGAGGAGGCUCAUAAGCUCAAAAACAUGAUCCGUGGUCUGGAUGAUGAUGAAGUUGGCUUCUUGGACCUGGUGGAACGUACCAAAGCCAAAGCAGCGCAGCAGAUAUCUAUGGAAGAAAAGAAAGAGAUGCAAGAGUUUAGGGAGCGAGUAUCAAGCCUAGCAGAGACGGAGGAGAUGCAGCGGCUGCGCGCGCAGCUGGCGCCGACGCGGCCUGCGCAGCCCGCCGCCGGCAACCAGAAAAACAAGCUGCAAGGGGUGUUAGUAAGGAAACGGAAGGCGAGUGACAUCGAAGGUGAAACAAAGGACAAAGAAGCUCGCACUGCGAAGAGCAAUGGCGUCCGCAACACAAGCGACCCAGAACCGGACAGUACGACAGCCAUGCAGCAGCCAGGCGAUAACGGCGCUCUGCACUGCGUAGGAGUACUGCCAGGCCUCGGAGACUACGACACGGACUCCACCAGCGACUCUGACUCCUCCAGCGAGGAGGAAACUAACGACAACUGCUGCGCUAAACGCGACCUACUAGGCCGCAGGGCUGAGCAGCAAGAGGAGAAGAGAAAAGAGGAAAGCAAGAGCUAGGUAGAGAGAGACAGCGAUACUUCGAGCCGAUGGUGUUGGAGGCAGGACUGUUGCAAGGCAGUCUUUGUAGUUCUUAGUUUAAGGGCUUGAGUAGGUUUCCACUAGAGAUGUGCCGAAUAGUGAUUUAUCCGAAUAUUAGUCGGUUUGAUACCGAACCGAAUAUUCGGCCGGACUAUUUGGUUUUACAAUACGUGUAACUAAACCAUUUGAGGAACGAAUCUAGCCUACAAGAUCCCACUGCUGGGCAAAGGCCUCCCUUUCCCCUUUCCAUUUUUCGCGGUCCUGUGCGUACUCCAUCUCUUCCGAGGUCUGCCACGACGCCUGUACGCUCACGAGCAUUAAUAUGUAUACACUUUGGUACCAUGUCACAUUAACUUUUUUCGACAAAUUCAACUGUAAGACUAAAUGUCAAAUAUGUUAGUGCGAAAGAGUCCUAAAGUGGGUACAUUAUAUUGCUCAUAACUGUACCCGUCAUGAGGCACCCAAUGCGUGACGAUCCGUGCCCAUUUGAGGAACUACCUAACCAAAAUAGUCGGUUCUAUAUUCAAUGUUCAUAAUGAUACGACACGCCGUCACUAGAUGACGCUAGUUUCCAUAUGUAAGCUUAUACGGCUAGCGACAUCUAGUUGUUCCGUCAUGAAAGAGUAAUACUACUACUAGUAUUACUACUAUUUAUUUAUUUUAUUUUUUUACUUACUAGUAUUUUGUAGUCCCUUUCUUACAUUUUGGAUUUAGUGUGCUUCUUGUAGUAAUAGAUGUCGCUACGUGUAUUAAUUUGAGAUAUCGACGGGGAAGAUUAAAACAUGAGAUAGGAGUUAUUGAUUUCUGUAGAAAGGAGAUAUUUUUUAUAAAAAAUAUUGCAACAUAUAAAAUCUUUAUCUUAAGAGCUAUUUCUAUUCAUCGAAAAUCACCCUAAAAGUGGGAAAUAUACAAAGGAGAUCUUGCCAGCCAACGUAAAAUUAAAUUUGAACUACAUCUAAAAGUCGAUUUGCCUAAAAGUGUAAGAUAGGAGUAUUUGCUUCUUUCCCGUCGAUACGUAUUCAUUAAAAAAAAUUGCUGGCGAAGCGGUUCAAAGAAAUUGCUCCACAAUUAUUAUGUUAUUUUAAUAUUGGACGCAUUUUACUUAUUAUAUGGUGUAAAAUAUGUAUUUGUACAAAAAAUAUUUUAUACUGCUUAUAAUUAAUGUCUUUAGUUUUAAGUAGAUGGCGUAACAAGCGCAAUGCGAUUAUUUACGUUCUGCUUUACUUUGUAUGGAAACAGGUGCCAUCUAGUGGAGAUGUUGUCGUAUCAUCAUCAUCAGCCCUUUAACGUCCCCACUGCUGGGGCACGGGCUUUCCCUACGGAUGGAUAGGGAGAUCGGGCCUUAAACCACCACGUGGGCCCAGUGCGGAUUGCUGGUUAUUAACGACUGCUAAUGCAGCCGGGACCAACGGCUUAACGUGCCUUCCGAAGCACGGAGGAGCUCGAGAUGAAAACUUUUUUUUUGUGGUCACCCUACGACCGGCCUUUGCGAAAGUUGCUUAACUUCAACAAUCGCAGACCGAGCGCGUUUACCGCUGCGCCACCGAGCUACCUUAGUUGUGUUAGCACGUAGUACCAAUCGCACGCCCCUGUCGCUCUGCAAGUGCGCAUUAUGGUGGCAACUUUUCUAGUAUGGCGAGGGACUCUUCUGUUUUCGUAGCUCCAGCUUAGGGAUGGCACUGAAAAGUAUCGGCGCCUGAAGAACGUAAUAUACGAUCCUGACGACCCGAUUACUCUAUCAGUAGAGACAGCCAAUGAGUUCGCGGCAACAAACCACCGAUAUCGAGUCAACGCACCAACCCACUAGGGUCGAUUAAUUCUUUCAAAUAUAAACCUCUCAGACGACGCCCUGAGACGAGGUUCGCGCCCAACUGGGCACCCUCAGGACUGUUGUCUUAAAUUUUGUACCGGGCGAGAGCCCUCAGCGCUCCCCAUUUGUCCGGCCAAGUAGUUAAUACCAAUAUGUCACGUUAAAAAUAUAUUUUACGUAGCAUAUUUUUUAUCUACUAUAAACGAUCUACGAUGUAAAAUGAACUAGGGGGUUAAAAAGGUCACAUUGAAACAAUUCAUCUAAAAAGCAAUAUUGCUAUUUGACAUUUGCGCAAAUAAAAAUAAGUGCACAAUGGCCCAGAUUCCUGCAGACACCGCCUAAUUUUAUUUUAGGUUAUAUCCGUCAUUUUCGUAUCCGUCGAAAAGGAAAGGGACGGAUGAUUCACAGCUCUUAAUUUUAGGAAGAAUGAGUAAAUGAAUGAAUAACCCGGGCGAAUCAAAAGGUACGUCGCUGGUAUGCAAUCCGUUUGACGUGCUGUCUACUUAACUGUGUCGGGUUAUUGACGGAUGUAAAAUUUUUAGACGGUUGGUUUAGAUUUGUGCUUAAAAUUGACGUGUGUUCCAUAAAUUUUAUGCUUGUCGAUUACCCGUUCCUUUUCUUUUCGGCGGAUAAGAAAAUGACAGAUAUAACUUAAAAUAAAAUUAGAUGGUAUUUACAGGAAUUAGCACCAAUGUCAACAAAUAUCAAAUGGCAAUAUUGCUUUUUUAGAUAAAUGAGGGAAUUUCCUUUUUAACCCCCUGUACCGUCUGUUUCCUUUGUAUGUACAUUUUAUCUGCCCUAUUUUGUACAAAUAAAUAAAUAUUUAAUUGUAUUAAAAGGUGUUUUAAACGCCAAUAAUCAUUCCCUAAAUAAUUUAUUAUUUACCUUCUUAUUCGCAACUACCCCAUAAUUAUUCUAACUAUAAAUUAAAAUUAAAAAAUGAGUGUCUAAUAUAAAAUAAUAGUAAUUGAAAAUAAAAUAAAUUAAAUAUUUUCUAAAUAACAUUUAAUAUGGCCUAGCCAUUAAUGUAAGAAAAUAUUUCACAGUAGACUAAUUGGGUCGUUCAAAAUAAAUUAUGAAAUUCUGUUUACUAAAUACAGAUCUAAAACUAACGAGAAUCCUUUUAUUUUUAUCUAUGAUCCAAACAUGAGUUUCAAGAUAGGGAAUAGACAUGUAUUCGCGUGCAUUAGCGUGGGUUUUACAAUAACACGCGAGUUUUGUUGUAUAUUUAUAUACGUCUAAGUAUUAAGUUAUGCGUAAAUAAAAUUGACGUAAAAUA